AUGAAUUCCACAGAUAACGAGUCAAUAUCGGCAAUACUUAAUUGUUCUUUAGCAGGUCGUGUUUAUGCACCUACUUAUAAUUUUUUUAAAUUACUUAAUGCAACAUAUUUACGUUUACUUAUUGGACCAGGCAUAUUACUUAAUUCACUUUGUUUAUUUAUACUUUCUCGGCCAAGAUUAUCAAAUAAAUCAACUACUAUUCUAUUUUUACGUGUUCUUGCAUUUUUUGAUAUUUUAUCAAUCACACUUAAAUACAUUCGAGCUGAAAUUAAUUAUCAAUCAGUUGACAAAGGUCACGAGAUAUUUUUAUUAACUCCAUCAGUUUGUAAAGCAUUAUAUGUAUUAAUGAAUGCAUGCAUUUCAAUUGCUAUGUGGACAAUUGUUUUGAUGAGCUUAGAUAAAGCUGUCGCUGUUAGUUAUCCACUCAAAUCAAGUAUAUGGCUAACACACAAGCGAGCAUUUCAAACCUGCUGUUGUACUAUUAUUAUACUUUUUCUUGUUAAUUUAUCGUUCAUCAAGUUAUCUGAUAUACAUGUAUCAAGAACUGGCCGUGUUAUUACAGCUGCUAAUAUUAUUAUUGUGGUUGUAUUACAUCGUACUUCAUAUGAUUGGCGAACAUCUAAUGAUUCUAACAAGCGAGAAUCUGAUUUAAGUGUUCGCAAGAAAAAAUUAUUAAAGCCAUCGCUUCGUCAAAGUUGUUCUGGUACUUCAACAACUACAGCAGCCGAAUUAGUAUUAGCUACAAAACGACGUACAAAUGCACAAGUUACACGUAUGCUUUUAGCUGUUACAUUAUCAGUAAUUAUAUUUAAUAUUCCUAAUACAAUAUUUUAUGUGGGUCUUCUGAUUUUUGGUGAAAAAGCAUAUUUACAUAAUCGUUCAUUUGUAAAUAUGAGUAAAGAUAAUAUAGCAAUUCAUAAAACAAGAUUCUACUCAGAAGUUAUAAAAGAUAUAUUGUUGAAUUUACCAUAUGUAGUUAAUUUUUUCUUAUAUUGUUUAGCUGGAAAAAAAUUUCGGAGUAUAUUUAUAAAUGAAAUUCAUCAAUUACUUAUUGAUUUUCAUUUAAUUGAACAAAAAGAAAGACAUCGUAUAUAUGGAACAUCUCCUUUAAAUCCUAAUUCAAUACAAACAAUAGGUUAUAGUCGAAAUGUAGGAUGUAUGUCACCAAAAACUUCUUCAUCUCAAGUACGACAAAGUGUUGAAGUUUUAUUUAAUGGUAAAAAUGCUCUAACAAUACUUAAUCGUCAAAAUGAAAGUUUAUCAAAACAAGAGAUUUAUAGAUCUAAUGGUAAUCAAAAAUGUGUUCGUUCUUGUACACGUGAACAAUAA